CCACCCAGUCCGUGCUCUCCAACAUUUCGCCCAGGUAAAACUCGUUUACCAUUUCGCUCUCGCGACUCGCGAUUUUUUUUUCACUGUGCUCGUUCCGGCGCGCGGCGGCGGAGCUCCCGACGACGACUGAGCCAUGUGCGGCGGUGCGAUCCUCGCCAACCUCACCAAGCAGCCGGGCCCGCGCCGGCUCACGGAGCGGGACCUCUGGCAGGAGAAGAAGAAGCCCAAGAGGGGCGGCGGCGGCGGGAGCCGCUGGUUCCUGGCGGAGGAGGAUGAGGACUUCGAGGCCGACUUCGAGGACUUCCAGGGCGAAUCCGAGGAGUCGGAUUUGGAGCUCGGGGAGGGGAAGGACGACGACGUUGUCGAGAUCAAGCCCUUCGCCGCCACCUCCAAAGAUGGCUUAAGCACCAUGACUACUGCUGGUUAUGAUGGCCCUGCAGCAAGGUCAGCCAAAAGGAAGAGAAAGAAUCAAUACAGGGGCAUCCGCCAGCGCCCUUGGGGUAAGUGGGCUGCUGAGAUCAGAGAUCCUCAGAAGGGUGUUCGUGUCUGGCUUGGUACUUUCAAUAGUCCUGAGGAAGCUGCAAGAGCCUAUGAUGCUGAAGCACGCAGGAUCCGUGGCAAGAAGGCCAAGGUUAACUUUCCUGAUGCACCGACAGUUGCUCAGAAGCGCCGAUCUGGCCCACCUGCUGCUAAAGCACCCAAGUCAAGUGUGGAACAGAAGCCUGCUGUCAAACCAGCAGUGAACAGCCUUGCCAACACAAAUACAUACUUCUACCCACCUGCUGACUACACCUUGAGCAAGCCAUUUGUUCAGCAUGAGAAUAUGCCAUUCCCUCCAGCAAUGAACUCUGCUAGUCCUAUUGAGGACCCUAUUAUGAAUCUGCACUCUGACCAGGGAAGUAACUCCUUUGGCUGCUCAGACUUGAGCUGGGAAAAUGAUACCAAGACUUCAGACAUAUCAUCCAUUGCUCCCAUUAACACUAUCGCUGAAGGUGAUGAGUGUGCAUUCGUCAACAGCAAUUCAAACAACUCACUGGUGCCUUCUGUUAUGGAGACCAAUCCUGUUGAUCUCACUGAGGGGCUGACAGAUUUAGAACCCUACAUGAGGUUUCUUCUGGAUGAUGGUGCGAGUGAAUCAAUUGAUAGCCUUCUGAAUGUUGAUGGAUCUCAGGAUGUUGUGAGCAACAUGGAUCUCUGGAGCUUUGAUGACAUGCCCAUGGUUGGCGAUAUCUAUUGAGGAAUUCGAAGCCCUGUAAUAGGAGUAUGUACAUAGGGACUAGGGGAAUAAAGACUAUGGGAGAUUGGGAAGCACCUGCUUGGCACCUUGGGAUAGCAUAUGCUUGUGUCUAGCUCAGAUGCAAAAGUUGCAUUCUGAAACUCUUUGGUUAUGGCACCUGUUCCCUAUUUAACCGUGUUUGUAUGACAGCCAUUUAUGAGACUGAAAACCAUUUUGUCCACCUUUCUAUCGUUGCUACCAUAUAUGGUUUUAACAUUAUGGAUUUGUGGCCAAACAUGCCUUAAUAUGCAUUCGAUUGUGUGUUCCUCUUGUGAUUCCGAA